AUGCCUGGAGCCGAUACACUCUACCGUGCGAGCACGACUGCUCCUGUUAAUAUUGCGGUGAUCAAAUACUGGGGUAAACGAGAUACAGCACUGAACCUUCCAACAAACUCUUCGUUGUCUGUGACAUUGUCUCAGAAAUCCUUACGGACUCAUACCACCGCAUCAUGCUCCGAGUCCUUCUCUGGUCCUGAUUCACUCGUUUUGAAUGGAGAAGAGGAAGAUAUUCAAUUGUCCAAGCGAACGCAAGCAUGUUUGAAGCAUCUACGCUCAUUGCGCGAACAGUUGGAAUCCAAAGAUGCAUCGCUACCCAAAUUGUCCAAGAUGACACUGCGGCUUGUGUCUGCCAACAAUUUUCCUACUGCCGCAGGCCUGGCUUCCUCGGCCGCGGGAUUCGCAGCGUUGGUCAGGGCAAUCGCCGAUCUCUACGAGCUGCCUCAAUCGCCAGAAGAGCUCUCUUUGAUCGCGAGACAGGGGUCCGGGUCCGCAUGCAGAAGUCUCAUGGGAGGCUUUGUCGCGUGGCGAGCGGGGACCAAGGACGAUGGAAGUGACAGCAUAGCUGAAGAGGUGGCGCCGGUGUCACAUUGGCCUGAGAUGAGGGCAUUGAUCUUGGUUGUUAGUGCAGAGAAGAAAGGAGUUCCCUCCACGGCGGGAAUGCAAACGACCGUUGAGACCUCGACGUUGGCCAAAGCGAGAUUUAGGGAGAUUGUCCCACAAAGAAUGCGGGAGAUGGAGAAGGCGAUUCAGGACAAGGACUUCGAGGCUUUUGCCCGGAUCACCAUGCAAGACUCGAACUCGUUCCACGCGAUAUGUCUCGAUUCAUGGCCACCAAUCCAUUAUCUCAACGACGUGUCUCGAGCAGCGAUGAAUGCUGUUGAGACGGCAAAUCGCAAAGCAGGGAAGCUGAUUUGCGCGUACACGUUUGACGCUGGGCCCAAUGCGGUCAUCUACUAUUUGGAAGAACAUACACACCAAGUAGCGGGAGUGAUCAAGAACAUCUUACCCCACAUACCGGGUUGGGAGGGAGAGUUCGGACAAAAUGUUCGGCCAAACGAAUAUGGAGGAUUGGAAGCAAAGGUGUUGAUGACGUUGAAGUCCGGUAUCAGCCGCGUGAUAUGUACAGGAGUUGGAGGAGGACCCGUGAAGAUUGAGAAGCAUUUGGUGGAUGAGAUUGGUGAAGCUGUGUCCCCUGGGGGAUCUUAA